CGGGAAUCUGUUCUUCCUGCAAACGACGUCUUGCACUGCCCAGGAUUCUGCUUCUGGGCACAAGCCGGCUAUUUCGCACUUGUGUCGUUUGCCAGCCACAUCAUCUCCCCAAAGGCCAACAUCACUACUAUUUCGUAGCGUCAAUCUCUUGCUGGCCAUCACAGCUCACAUUCACUCAAGCUUUUCCUUCCUCGCCGCUGUUAUUUUCUGUAGUUCAAUUGCGCUGACGUAGCAACUAGCUAUCUUAGCUAGCGUUGCGAUAGUUCACAGUUCGACGCAAGCGCUGUAUACACCCGCCAAAGUCUGCUUAAGCUCCUACGCCCGCCGCGAACACUGGGCGCGUGCAUCUUUUCUACGACUAGGAUUCUCGAGCUUUUCGAUUAUUUUGUAUCAAGUGACAGGCGACUUUUGCCAUCCACCGCCGACACAAUCCGUGAGCCGGGCCCCCGACGGCAUCGCCUCCUGCGGCAAAGAUGGCCACCGAGAAGGAAGCCAGUGAGCUGAAGCAGCAGGGCGCCGUUGAGGCUGCCCAGGACCCCGAAAACUCGGUAACUGCCGAGGACGCCGAGAAGCUGAUUGUGGAGGAGAGCAAGAACGCCGGCGUUGCUGCUUUUUCGUUCGACCCCAAUGCGAGCAUCCAAGAGAAAAAGGCACAGAUCAAAGCUGCGACGGAGCUACCAGAGGGGAUACCCCACCGCAAGAAGGGUGUUGCGAUAGCUACAGACAUCGACGAUGGCAGCAAACCCGAAUACGAUCUUCCUUCGCCGUCCAGAGCUGGCGUUGUCGAUCAGGAGCAAAAUGGCCAUGCAGAUGCGAAUGGAGAGCCUGUAGAAGAUGAAGAAGUAAUGGGUCCUAAGACAGGAUGGGCACCCAGAAUUGGCUGGCCCACGGAAGCCAUUGGGGAAGCUCAAAGCUUACUUGACCACUCGACAUGGCUGGAAGGCCACCUCCCUGACACGCUUUAUGGAGAUUGGUAUCACAACGUCGCAAUUAUCGUGUUUGCCUCCCUUUCAUCGUGGCUCGUUGCAGUGCUAGGCGGAGGCCUGGGCUGGGUCUUUAUCUUGCUAGCUGUUUGCUCUACGUACUAUCGAACCUCGAUACGGCGCGUGCGUCGCAACUUCAGGGAUGACAUAACGCGCGAGAUGACGCUGAAGCGCCUGGACACCGAGACCGAGUCCCUCGAAUGGAUUAACUCAUUCCUGGUCAAGUUUUGGCCUAUUUACCAACCAGUUUUGGCGGCCACUGUCAUUAAUUCUGUCGACCAGGUGCUGAGUGGCGCAACUCCGGCUUUCCUUGACAGUCUCAAGCUCAAAACUUUUACCCUUGGGUCGAAACCACCGCGCAUGGAGCACGUGAAGACCUACCCAAAAGCCGAGGACGACAUUGUCAUCAUGGACUGGAAAUUCAGCUUCACCCCCAAUGACAUCGCGGACCUAACUGCCCGUCAAAUCAGAAACAAGAUCAACCCAAAGGUUGUGUUGGAGAUCAGAGUUGGCAAGGCCAUGAUCAGCAAAGGCCUCGACGUAAUCGUCGAAGACAUGGCCUUCUCUGGUAUCAUGAGGCUGAAGAUUAAGCUCCAGAUCCCAUUCCCCCACGUGGAAAAGAUAGAGAUGUGCUUCCUCGACAAGCCUACCAUUGACUACGUCUGCAAGCCCCUUGGUGGCGAGACCUUUGGCUUCGAUAUCAACUUUAUUCCCGGGCUUGAGAAGUUUAUCCUUGAGCAGAUACACGGCAACCUGGCGCCAAUGAUGUAUGCCCCCAACGUCUUCCCCAUCGAGGUUGCGAAGAUGCUUGCUGGCUCGCCUGUCGACCAAGCAAUUGGCGUGGUCGCCAUCACCCUGCAUGGUGCACAGGGUCUGAAGAACCCAGACAACUUUUCUGGCACGACGGAUCCGUAUGCAGUUGUCACACUGAACAGGAGGCAGCCAUUGGCCCAAACCAAAGUCAUCAGGGACACGGCCAACCCGAGGUGGAAUGAAACACACUAUGUUAUUAUCACUUCGUUCAACGAUACCCUUGACAUUCAGCUGUUCGACUACAAUGAUUUUAGAAAGGACAAGGAACUCGGUGUUGCAUCAUUCCAGCUGGAGCAUCUUGAAGAGAUCACCGACCAUGAGAACGAGCGGAUCGAGGUUAUAUCCGACGGCAAGGCUCGAGGUGUACUUUCUUGCGACAUAAGAUUCUUUCCGGUUCUCGGCCCCACCAAAACAGAAGACGGCAGGGAGGAGCCUCCGCCGCAGACAAAUACCGGUAUUCUCCGCUUCACAGUCGAACAGGCAAAGGAUCUUGAUGGCACCAAGAGUCUUGUGGGCUUGCUGAACCCAUAUGCUGUCCUUUUGCUCAACGGCAAGGAAGUUCAUUCUACCAAGAAGCUCAAACGCACAAACAAUCCUAUCUGGGACAACGGCUCCAAGGAGAUUCUUAUCACGGAUCAAAAGAGCGCCAAGCUAGGUGUGGUCAUCAAAGACGACCGAGACCUUGCAGGGGAUCAAAUUAUUGGCACAUAUCAGAUCAAGUUAGAGGACAUGCUAGAUCUCAUGGAGAAGGGCAAGGACUGGUAUGACCUGGCUGGCGUCAAGACUGGUCGUGUCAAGAUGCAGGCUAAGUGGAAGCCCGUGUCCAUCUCGGGUGUUAUGAGUACCGGCGGCUACCAAACACCGAUAGGUGUAAUGCGAUUCCACUUCAAGAAGGCGACUGACCUGCGCAACUUUGAGACUGUGGGCAAGUCUGAUCCUUACACUCGUGUCGUCGUUUCAGGCAUCGAAAAGGCUCGUACUGUCACGUUCAAGAACGACCUCAACCCAGAGUGGGAUGAGGUUCUCUACGUUCCAGUACAUUCGGCCCGUGACAAGAUACAAUUGGAGGUUAUGGAUGCCGAGAAGAUGGGCAAGGAUCGCAGCCUUGGUUUGACCGAGGUAUUUGCUGGCAAUUUCAUUUCCCAGGAUGAGACUGGCGAGUAUCUUGUCCAUGACAAGAAGGAACCCGUAGAGGCAGGCCUGCGCCUCCACGGCAAGGGUAUUGCCAAGGGUGUGCUGCAUCACACCAUUGCUUUCUAUCCUUGUCUGAAUGUAGCCGAUCCGGACGAAGAUAGUGACGGCGAGGAACCGAAGCCUGCUCGAGACUCGCUAGACGUUCCUCGUCCGACAGAACCGGGAAGGAUUACAUCCUUGGAUGAGGACCACGAGAAGCAGCCAAUAACACCCAAGACUCCGCAAUUCCCAACGUCGCCAACAUCACCGAGAACACCGAGGAAAUCACGAGACGAACACGCACCUCCCAAGAUCCGGCUGUCGCCCCAGGAGCUCCUCAAGUACGAGUCGGGUCUGGUCAUCUUCAAAUUGAUAGAGGCCGAUUUGUCCAAGAGCAACAGUCACGUCGACCUUUAUGUUGAUGACAUGGCAUUUCCCUCAUACAUAUCUUCGCUCACUCGCAGCAAACAUCAUAAAUUUGAUGAAAUUGGGGAUUGCUUUAUCCGAGAGUUGGACUUUUCCAAACUGACGAUCAAAGUCAGGGAAAAGGUGGACAAGAUGAGUGAACGUCAAAAGUCUGAUGAUGUCCUUGCUAAACUCAAGGGCAGCACGAUCGAGACCCUCAAGCAAUGUCUGAACAACCCGACAACGCUGAAAAUGAAGGACGAUGAUGGCAAGCCAUGCUCCAUCAAAGUUAGCUUAAAGUACCUGCCAGUAAAGAUGAAGCUCGAUCCCAGCGAGAGCAUAAACAACAUGGGCACUCUUCGCGUCGAUGUUCUGGAUGCCCAGGAUUUGCCUUCUGCUGAUUCUAACGGCAAGAGUGACCCUUACUGCAAAUUUGAGCUCAAUGGUCAGGAUGUGUUCAAGACGAAGACGGUGAAAAAGACACUCAACCCUACAUGGAACGAAUUCUUUGAACUCCCAAUUCCGUCUAGGACGGCUGCCAAAUUCAAAGCAACAGUCUGGGAUUGGGAUUUCGCGGACAAGCCAGAUUUCCUUGGCCAGACUGACAUCAACCUGGAGCAGCUGGAGCCUUUUAUGGCUCAAGAGCUCACAUACCGCCUCGAAGGAAAGUCAGGAAGCUUGCGGUUACGACUCCUCUUCCGCCCUGAUUACGUUACGCGUACCCGACAGGGCACCUCAACCUUUGGUACUUUUGGCGCUCCGGCACGCAUUGUUACUGGCGUUGCAGGUGUUCCCAUCAAGGGAGGCGCGGCGGUGGCAGGCGUUGUCGGUCAUGGCGUUGGCAAGGGAGCGUCUUUUAUCAAAGGGCGAUUCACACGCAAGAAGACCGAGAGCAGUAUUCCCGAAGUUCCCGCCAUCACCAUGAAUGGUGAGGACACGCCGCCGGUGCCACCUGUGCCAGGACUGGGCCUGAAGCGAUCUACCGGUCUCACACUCGAUAGCGAACCAAGUGUAACGCCGCCAGGGCCCGCCAACGGCGCGCCCAACGGCGGUCACAACAGGUCCAGGAGCAUCGGCGCCAACUCGGUACACAGCAUGGCGCCGAGCAGUCCGGGAGCGGGCACAGCGACUUUCACUGUUGUCUCCGCAAGCGGUUUCCCGCCGUCAGCCGACACUUAUGUGGCCGUGUGUCAAGUUGGAACCAAGAUCAAGAGCAUUGGUAAAACCAAGGACCGCAGACCCUCAGCUUCGAAUGGCAUCAUAACCUAUGACGAGACUUUUAAGACGACCUGCACACCCGACACCCAAUUCCAGAUCCAGGUCAAGGAGAAACACACUUUCAAGAGUGACGACGAUCUCGGCGAGACCAUCUUCUUUGUUGAUGAGAGUGGAUCGAACGCCGAUAAGGAAGUCAAGGUUGGUACUGGUAGUGUCAUCAUCCGAAGCUCCUUUGUGUCCAACGAUACGGCAAAUGGGCUGGUGCCGGAUAGUCCCAACCGAUCUUCGACAAUACGGCGAAGCUUCUUGGGUAAACGUAGCGAGACUCGCAACGUCCCACCGAGCCGUGACGGCACGCCGUAAAUGGCCCGUCAGUCCAGUUUGCCUUGAUUGAAGCUACACCACUAUGUCUUUUGUCUCUUGCAUGGUUAAUUGGCUUCGAUGACGUUCCUCCUCAUCGAGCAGCCAGACAGCCUUAGGGUCCACUGGCUGCAGUCUAACAAGGAAACAUCGCUUGGAUCUCUUUUUCCUCAACCGUGUAUUUUCUUUUUGGGUACAUCAUAUAACACCGUUAGUUAACAAAAAUCACUGACAGGCGGACGACGCGCAGGAUUGCCAAAAUUUCCUAUGUUCAUCAUUGCCAGCUCAUAUGGGUAGCUAUUUGUUCUUUUGUUUUUCCUGCCCGGGGCCUUGGGGCUUUCCUAAGUUAGCACUUCCAGGGUAGUGGCCCUGUCCAACCUAAUUUCCUUUCCUCUGGGGAAACAGUCGUUUCGUCAGCAUUAUAGAUAGCUGUUAGUUUUAGCUACUGAAUUAAAUGAGAAGCAAUGAGUUAUGAACCAGGGCAG